AUGGAAUCGCCAGCACAGUCGCUGAUUCAAGCUCGCUACCAAGAACUUAAAAACUCAAUAACUCACGGAUACGUCCAGUUUUAUACGUCGGAAACCCAUAUCAAGACCUUUUAUGAGUUAGGGCCAAGAAUCGAUGGAAAUAAGCCUCAUCGCUUUUCUCAAGUGCGUCUCUUCACCCACAGACAGCUCCAUGCAAAAAGAGCAGUAAAAUCAUAUUCUUUAAGCGACGCGACCUUAACAAGAGACAGAAAUGACAUAAUGUUUCCAAGCAAGCAAGGCCUUUUAUUUUCGAACAUCAUAAAUGAAAUAUCAGCACUUUCAAAACUGCAUCAUCCAAAUAUAAUCAAAAUUUUUGAAGUAUUUCUGGAGCCGAGAUACAUCCACUUGGUCAUGGAAUUUUGCAAAGGUGAUACUGUUUUUGAGCUGUUACGACAAAUUCGGUGUGUGCCUGAUAAUAAAGGCAUUAUGUUUACUGCACAAAUUUUAGACGCAAUAAGACACAUUCAUAGUCUUCGAAUUUGCCAUAGAGGUCUAUGGGUUGAAAAUAUCAUGUUUUCUGAUAGAGAAAGAACCCAGAUAAAAAUCAUAGGCUUUGGAAGUUCUGUAAAACUAGCUAAUGGAAAUUUAACUGAAAAAUGCGGAAACCUUUACUAUACAGCACCUGAAAUUUUUUCAGGGUCAUAUAAUGAAAAAUGCGAUGUAUGGUCACUUGGGGUGACAAUUUAUACCAUGCUAGUCGGAUCGCAGCCUUUUCAAGGUGAAACAUAUGGAGAAAUAGUCAAAAGCAUUAUGAAGGCAAAUAUUUUAAGACCUUCUCAGUUUAAAAACCUGCCUGGAGAGACUCGACACUUUAUAAAAGGAAUGCUUAAAAAAGAUAAUCGCCCAAGUGCAAGUGAGCUGCUUGACUCUGCAGUUCUUUAUACUUAUAAUUUCUCACAAAAAUCAUUAAUUUUGCAAAAAAUUCUCCAUGCAGUUCUUAACCCAGAAGAAGACAGAAUGCUUGAAAAAAAGCGUUUACUUGGAAACAAACUUAAAUAUGUUAUAUCAAAAAUAUUGGCAUCAGCAAAUAUGCUGCCUGAUGUCCCAAUAAUAGAAAAAUUAUGGAAGGAUCUUGACUCGAACAGGAAUGGAGAGCUCAGAACUGAUGAGUUCCACGAAGGUUUAGCCAGAUUUCUAAAAAAUCAAGAAGAUCCUGAAGAAAAAGCCAAAAUAAUAGUAAAAAGAAUGGACAUUACUAGAAAUCACAGCAUCACUCAUGAUGUGUUUGUAAAUCUUGUCCAUGAGAUUCCAGAUGUCCAUUGUCUUUAUCAUGCUUUUAAUAGAAUCGACUCAGACAGUGAUGGUUUGAUCUUAAAUCUUAAUUAGCAGAUGGUCUUGGCCAUAGGUUUACACAGUUCCCUGGGACACAUAAGGUUUUAUCCGCUUUGCGAAAUACACUGUCGAACACUUUGUUGGCUCAGAUGACUUGGCUGGCAAGCUGCCUCAGACACCAUCUUCCUCCUUUUCUGGGCCCUGAUGCCAUCAGCUCCUGGAGGAUUGUCUGCUGAGGACCCCUCCUCCUUGCUUUAAGGACUUCAGUUUUGUGUCGGAGAAUUAUGGAUUUCUGCUGCCCUGUAAUUGGGUCUUUUUUUAUUAUCAGUAUAAUAGCUUACUGACCAUAUCUGGUCUCCUAUUUUCCAGUCAGAAAACUGCCAUAAUAGAAGACUGGCUACAGUCAGUAAAGCCAGUACACUGGCAACCAAAAAGGCCCAAUGAAUAAUCCAUGAAAAAUACUUAAUCCCUUGACCAGGCCGCAACCCCUUAUAUCGUGAUAAAGUCCAACUUAAGGGCUCCGAAAAGGAAAUUGCUACGUUACUUAUUUUCAACCACAAUAACUUAGUCAAAACCUAUGCAUAUAUACAUAAUCGCAAAUCAGACCUGAUUCUCUACUGGUUUUCACUCAAUUUACCUAGCCAUGAGGCUGAAAAAUUGCAUCAAGAGGUAGGCUUACUUAGGCCACAAUUUUAUAUAUAUGUGAUGGUUUGAUCAACGCUGAAGAUAUUGCGAUGUAUAUAGAGGACGAAAGAGUUGACAGACUUUACCGUCUGGCCGCUGAAGUGCUUGGCAAGGAAAUGCUGAGCUUCGAAGACUUCUACAUCUUAAUAAGGAAAUUUGCAAUAUAA